CACAUUUUAAUACUUCCAAAACAUCAGUUAUAUCUGCCAAUCUGCUAUUCUGCUGGAAAGGAAAAAGAAUCGGGGAAGAGAGACCCAAGUGAUACAAGGACUGUCAAUCGAAUUUCAAAGACACUUGUAUUGGGUGAAUGGCUUCAAGUUCUCAUAGAGGCGGUGAUUUCUAUGGCGCCGACCCAUAUCGGUCAAGACAAGGAUUAAGCACAAGACAGGUUGGAGGUUCGGAUGACAUACAGUUGCGUAUCGAUCCCAUGCACGGAGAUUUGGAUGACGAGAUCACUGGUCUUCGCAAGCAAGUGAAACAGCUAAAAAAUGUAGCACAGGAGAUCGAAUCAGAAGCUAAAUUCCAGAAUGACUUUAUUAACCAGCUGCAAAUGACAUUUAUGAAAGCUCAAGCUGGGGUGAAGAACAAUAUGAGGAGGCUGAACCGGAGCAUCAUCCAGGAAGGAUCCAACCAUGUGAUGCAUGUCGUUCUUUUUGCAUUGCUCUGUUUCUUUGUGAUCUACUUGUUAGCCAAGUUUUCACGACGGUAGUGUGUAGGUCGGGAGAAUGUGGAGUGAUGGUGGCUUCCUUUGCAGAGCAGCUGUUAAUGGGAAAGUCAUUGAUUCCAGGUUGCGAGUAUGCAAACAUGUGGAACAAGGUGGAGGAAACAUAGGAAUUGUUAUUAAUGUGGGAAUGUAUUUUUGUGGGUUGUUUUGAUUGAGUUUAGUAAAACUGUAUUUUAUAGUACAUUUUGAUGAGUUUAGUAAUUGUUAAUGUGGUUAUAUAAAAGUGUUCGGAGAUAUGAUUGUAUUUGUUAAUGUACAAAUGAAUUUGGUGAAAAACCAAACAUGUAUAAAUUGUCUGUGUUGGUAUG